CUAGCAUAUAAAGCGGUCUAUAAAUGAGGCAGUGCAGUGUGUUUGGCUGCUAAUGGAACUGUAGUGUCCUUGUCCUUGUCCUUGCAUCACUGAUGGAAGGCUGAAGGUAACAUUUGUUUUUGUUAAAUGUGAAGCUACUUGCUCAAGACACUGCCAGCAUCACUUGUAAGAACUUCUAAUUUUUGUGCUAAAGAAUUAAGUCCAACCCAUUCUCAAUUGUCUAAUGAGAGAAAAUGACUGAAUAAAAACAGCUGAUGUCACAGGGGUUACCUCUAAGUUUAUUGUAACAGAUUCACCACAUAAGAAUCACAUUCUUUUGCCUUAAGUCAGGUGUACUGUUUGCCUCACCGAGUGAUUUUUUACUGCUGUUUUAUAACUAAUCUGCAAGCCUAAACACGUUAGAGAAAUAUAUCUCAUACAUAAUCCGAGCACAUCGUCAGAGUGUUUUAUUUUGAAAAUACAGAGGGACAGCGAGACAUUAUCGCAAACAGGCUAUGUUUGUGAGGUAUUACCAUAGCGUAACACUAUUCACAGAGUGGCACAGCAAGGUGCUGCCUCACAACGCGUCUCCUCCCUGUAUUUGAACGGGACAUGCAGAAAUUUUGACAUUCUUAAUUGAAAAUAUUUUUUUAUUACUGGAUUUGUACAGAAAAGGGAUUUGUAAUACAUACCAGGUGACAAAUAUUAAAAUGUAUUAUAUUUUAUAAUCAGCUUCUCUUUUUCUUUUCAAGCUUGACAGGUGAGGCUCUGCCUCCCCUGCCUCCCCUCGCACGUCAAUGCUAUUUAGUCCAGCCUCCUUCUUUUGCACCCAAUGUCCCUGGAAGAGCCAGAGUAGCUUCUGAAGGUAGAGCUGAGACUUUUGAGCAUUUCUGUUGCUGGGAUGGCCAGGUGCAGUGUGUGGCGCAGGCCUGUGGUGCUUCCCCUGUGCUGGAAAGAUGAGCUGACAACAUUAGGUGUGCGCUGUAGCAGUAGUAUGCCAGUGGUCAAGCCUUUCAAUGAGAUUCCUGGACUGUGGAAAAAUGGAGUUGCCAACUUGUACAAUUUCUGGAAGCUGGACGGCUUCAGAAACCUUCACCGCAUCAUGUCGCAGAAUUUCAAGACUUAUGGACCCAUCUACAGGGAAAAAAUAGGAUAUUAUGAAAGUGUAAAUAUUAUCAAUCCCGAGGAUGCUGCCAUUGUGUUCAGAGCAGAGGGUCACUAUCCUAGAAGGCUGCAAGUUGAACCGUGGACUGCAUACAGAGAAUACAGGAAUCGCAAAUAUGGUGUUUUACUCAAGAAUGGAGAAGACUGGAGAUCAAACCGGGUGGUGCUCAACAAGGAGGUGAUUUCCCCAAAAAUGCUGGAAAACUUUGUGCCUUUGCUGGACGAAGUGGGACAAGAUUUUGUGGCCAGAGUUCACAAAAAGAUAAAGAGGAGUGGCCAAAACAAAUGGACGACUGACCUCUCUGAAGAACUUUUUAAAUAUGCACUAGAAUCCGUGAGCUCGGUGCUGUAUGGCGAGCGUCUGGGUCUGAUGCUGGACUACAUUGAUCCAGAAGCUCAACGUUUCAUUGACUGCAUCACCCUCAUGUUUAAGACUACCUCACCAAUGCUGUACAUACCCCCUGGUCUGUUGAGACGGAUUGGAUCAAAGGUGUGGCGGGAUCAUGUGGAGGCUUGGGAUGGCAUUUUCAACCAAGCUGACCGCUGCAUCCAGAAUAUCUACAGGCAGCUGCGCCAGGACAGUGGCAUGCCAGAGAAAUACCCAGGAGUCCUUGCCAGCCUUCUCAUGCUGGACAAGCUCUCCAUUGAAGACAUCAAGGCCAGUGUUGCUGAGCUAAUGGCUGGAGGAGUAGAUACAACUUCUAUAACGCUGCUGUGGACACUGUAUGAGCUAGCUAAGAACCCCAACCUCCAGGAGGAGCUGAGGGCGGAGGUGGCUGCAGCACGAGCUGAAAGCCAGGGAGACUUGCUGGAAAUGCUAAAGCGGAUUCCUUUGGUGAAAGGAGCCUUGAAGGAAACACUGAGGUUACACCCAGUUGCAGUGAGCUUGCAAAGAUACAUAGCAGAAGAUAUUAUUGUUCAAAACUACCACAUCCCGGCUGGGACAUUAGUUCAGUUAGGAUUGUAUGCAAUGGGAAGAGACCCAAAGGUGUUUGCACGCCCGGAGCAGUAUCAGCCUUCCCGCUGGCUGAAGACAGAGGCGCACUACUUCAGAAGCCUGGCCUUUGGCUUUGGCCCCCGUCAGUGUUUAGGACGCAGAAUAGCUGAGGCCGAGAUGCAACUCUUCCUCAUCCAUAUGCUUGAGAACUUCCGAGUGGAGAAACAGCGCCAUAUGGAAGUGCAGAGUACCUUUGAGCUUAUUCUGCUACCAGACAAGCCUAUUCUUUUGACUUUGAAACCACUGGAAACGAGUUUGUAAAACUGUGUUUUAAUGAAACCUGUGGUGCAUGACAAGUCAUUUUUGUAGUCCUGUAUCACAAAUAAUCAUAAAGGGCUUCACGAUACAUGGCAAUAUAAAUAUUGAAUAAAACUGUACAACUUUGAGGUUGACAGAAAGCAACAAAUGAAAAAAAACAACAACAUUAGGAAAGAAAAAACUUACAAUAUGCAUCAACAAACAUUACCUCAGUAAUUCCAUAACUGGUGAAGAAAGUAGAUAUAUAUAUAGUAGUAUAAGUAGUUAUAUAUGUAUAUAUAUAUAUAUAUAUAUAUAGUAAUAGUAAUAGUAGUAUAAGUAGUUAUAUUGACUUUCGGUUCCUUAUUUAGGUUUCUGUUUGCUGAUGUGUGGAAUCUGAUAUUGAUGUCUAAAAGAAGCAGAAAACAGUUGACGGACGUAAAUUCAUUUUAAAUACGUAUUUAAAAUGCAACACAGAAUGUGAAUGAAUGAAGUGAAGACAAACUCAGCUGACUGCAGAAACAUUAUGGAGGACUGUGGAGGCUGUUGGGACAAAGCCGUGUCUGUGCUCACUCAGUUUGGUCAACAGUUCCUGUUUCUUUCUCCCCCACAACUUGGAGUUCGCCUCCAACUGUAAUAGAUAAAAACAAAUGGCCAAACAUUCAUGAAUAUAAAUAAAAUGUGAGUGAUGUUAAGAAUUCA